GUACUGACGCGACCAUUCAUGUCCAUAUCGCUAAGAUAAUUGAACGAGAAUACGCCAGAAAAGACAAUAGGAAUGGGAAAACAUAUAUAUUACCAUCGGACUUGGGGGUUGCACUCGUCGAAGGUUACGACUCUAUUGGAUUUGAUAAGUCGUUGUCUAAACCAUUUUUGAGAAGAGAGAUGGAAUCAAAACUUAAAAUGGUUUGUGAGGGACGACAGCAGAAAGAGGAUGUGGUUAAGGAUAGUCUUUCCAUGUAUAAAGACAUGUAUAUCAAGACAAAUGAAAACGUUCAAAAAUUAAUUCAACUUGAAAACCGUCCGAAUCCUGUGAAUCAUGUGCAUCCUGUGCAACCAAUUAGAAGACCUUUUCAACCUUUUGCGGUUGGU